AUUUCGACUGGAUACCGAUUAGAUAGUUUUGGAUUGGCUAUCUUAGUUAUAUAUACUGUUUCGACGUUUCGGCCUAUUGGCUGUGACCGUCUUCAGGGAUUGUAUUGUAUUGAUGUUGAGUCUUCAUGCCUGCUUUUUGCUAUUUUACAAUAUUGGAGAAAAAUCACACUAGAUUGCAACAACCAAUUUAAAAUGGAUGUUACGUAAUCAGGAGCUGAUAGACACUGGAUCAAUUUGUAAUCGAAACCGGAUACCUUCUGCAUGAUCUUUCUCGCUUGCGUAAGUUACAUCGAUUGAUUAGUAAAGUGCCCCACCUCAAGACCUGCAGACCCCUGCUCAUCUGAGAAGGAACUCGUUCGCUUUUCUUCUGCAUCGACUGACUGACUGACUGACUAUACCUAAGUAUACGCGCCCGCCGUUCGUUCGCCGGAAUAAAGCCCUGAUGCUGAUGAUGUUGGAGAAAGGUUAUCUGCGGGCAGUCAAACCAGCAGAGCCAGCGUGAUUCUUUCAUCUUUCAUCCCCAACAACCAACCGAUAGGCAUGAAGCAAAGGCAGCAACCUCUCCAGUGAGAAGCGAGCACUUUCUCAGUCAGAACGUAUUCAGUGUCUGCCUGUACUCCUAGAGCACGGUGUGCAAGCAAGUCGUACCCUAUAAAGGGAAAGCAGAGCGGUGCAAUAGAGUACGUCGGCUGUGGACAGUACUUACGACGAAACUACCCACGCCACAACGAGUUGUAAUUUUACCUCGUAAAAUACACACGGUGCUGGGUGCUUCCUCCUCGUUGAACCUCUUAAGUAGUGUCAGUCAGUGUUCUGUGUUGAAAAUGUGGAUUCGCGAUAAUUUGCUGCCGCCUGCGAGAGUGGACAGCUCAAUGGACACGAAGAUGCACAGCGGUAGUUACAUCUCAGCCAAACACCCGGCCAUCCCGGUGUCGAUCGGCAUAGCGUCGAUCGUCCUCGAAGGCCGCCCAGCGAUCCUUGACGAAGGUUCGGCGCGUUCGGGCGAUAGCUCAACCGCCGGUGGUGGUCCAGGCGGCGGAGGUGGCGGUGGUGGUAGUAGUGGAGGAGGGGGAGGAGGUGGAGGAUCUUCCGACGAGGAUGGUGGGUUUCAUAGACCGGUAGACGACGGAAGGAGUAGAAACUACAACUUUGUGGAAUCGGUGCAGUGCGAGGGUGAAUUGCUUGUCAACGAACGGCCGCAGUCGUUCAUGUCCGAUACUGCACAACGGAUCAAUCUGAAGCUACAGCAAAUUAGGGCCUGUCCCGGUACGAGCAAGGAUGUCGUCGAAAACAUGAUUGCCGUAGAGGUGGUCGCCGGUUCUUCCGGAAUGGGUCGCCGAGCAAACGAUCGGGACGGGUAUGGAGGAGACGGAUAUGGAGUCGAGACGUUUCACAAUCCCACUGAGACGACGUCCUUGCUGACCAGCGCCAAGGCAUGGGGUCGCGAUCAUAUCUACAGUGGGUUCGAGAAGAUGAAGCUGCUGGGUGCCGUUUCGCCGAUCAAGGUUCCACCGACUGCCGCUACACCGUUCAUCAAUUUUUCAUCGAAUGUGAACCGGAAGAAAUCCGAUGCCGGUAUUGGGAUUCCGUCUCCGGCAGCAACAGCAGCAGCCAGCUGCAGCAAGCAACGUUCCCGGGAGGGGCCCCACUGUGAGCAGUUUCUGAAGAAAGUCGGCGUGAUCAAGGCGGAUCCCAACGAUGAAACGGAGCACAGCUGCAGCUACCGGAACGAAUUCUGUCUACGCUGGCAGGCUUAUUUCAAACAACUGUCGUCAAUUCUUACUUGCGGUGAAGCGAUCUGUAUAGAAGUAUACCUUGGACCGGAAAAUCAUGCCAUUCUGCUAGAACAAUGGAUUUUGAAGCUUAAAUUGAAAACAUCUGAAUCAACGAUGACGCUACAAUCGCUCUGUGCUGCCAUCCGUAGUCAAUUAUAUUUUUCGCAAAUAUCCGCCUGGACCGAUUUGAUAAAGAAUUCUCUGGAACCGGAAAUUUUCAACAAUCCACGUAUCAAAAAGGUAUCGGUCGACGGUGAACUAGGGGGCGGAGCGUCGGUUAGUACACCCAUCCCAAUCGGUAGCAAUGGCGUAGGCGGAGGACCAGGAGUAGGCGGAGGAGGCCAUAGUGGGGGAGGGACGUCGCCGUUGGUACUGCCGAAAGCGAAGCUGGACAUUUUGUUUCGCAUCCGAGGUUACGACAAUACGGCCUGCUUCAAUGAUAAUCCAAAUGUGCACAAUUUCCCCGAUGCCAUCAUUGCCGAUAACUACGUUAUAGAAGUGUGCUUGAAGAGUUUACCGCGCCUGGAACGGAUACCCAGUAUCAAUGAUGAAAUGGAUGCCAAAAUGAACGAUCGAAUGGACUUACCGUGCCACGAGAAGGGGAAGCAUCGGUGUGCUUUCCGGGACGAGGACGAGGAAGAUCCUCAAACGGGAGAAGAUGACAUGUCGCCUGCUGCGGUGAGUCACCGUGAGAAACAGCUGAUGAAGUACAAGAAACGUAUGAUGAAACGAGAGAAAAAGAAGAAGUCUACGGCACCGGAUGCAAGCAAUGGGAGCGGUAGUAGUAGUCGUGCUGAAUCGACGGUGCCCAUGAUGGUUACCCCACCUGUGUGUAAAUCACCGGCACUGAAUAUUCCGACCGUGAAUCAUCAUCAUGCCAGCAACUGUAGCAACUCCUCGCCGUAUACUUCGUCAAUCAAUCUGAUCCAACCGCCACUGUACUCGAAUUGCGAUGAUCUGUACCAACCAACCUCGUGUGCCGUCAGCAACACGAAAGCAACUCAGACUGCCAUCUUUCUCAGCGGCAACGGCAGCAGCAACAUGGCCAACUGUGGCGGUAACGUAGUAACCGUAGCCACCCAGACAGACGCGAGUGGGUGCUGUUGUCUUUGUGCAGAGCAGCAACCGGAGCCGGUGAAUGGUCAUAGGCCGAGUAGAGCCGGGAGAUCAACGAGCACAAACAGUGAUAGCAAAAUGCAAUAUAUUAAUAGUAAUUAUAAUGACUGUGAUAUUAGCCAACAAGAAGAGGUGGCAGCCGUGGUCCAUCAUGAUGAGCAGUCGAAGCGCCAUCAUAUAGAAGAUGAAGAUGAAGAAGAGGAAACAUCAAGAGGCCUUCGAAAGGCCGAACUGCUUCUGCAGGCCAUCCAAAGGACAGCCAUCAUUAACGACCACCAGCACCAGCUACCGGAUGUGGCCCAUUUCAAAAACAAUAAUUACUAUAGUGGCAGUUACAAUGAUAAUAACAAUACCGGUAGUGAUACAGCAGCAAAGUGUGAGCGAAGAGAAUGUGAUACUUUUACUUUCAGUAAGAACGCCCUAGAUUUAGGUGACUGUCGUUUAUGCAAACGACAAAAAACGAAGCAUAAUUUUAAGUUAGCUCUCAACAAGUCGGAUAGCAGCAGCUGUGGUAGCAGUAGCAGUAGCAGCAGUACCAACAAUAGUCCUCCCGGGUGUCGUCGAACGCUGUCGGAGAGUUUGGUCGGCCACUUUACCAUACCAUCGUCUUCGUCGCCGGGUGGUGCGGACGAUGAAACCGACUCGGCAUCCUAUCAUAAAACGCGCCAAAGCGGUAAGGACGUUAGCGAUCUCAGUGCUGCUCUGAGCAGUUCAGCUGGAGCGACGGUUGUCGAUAGCUUUGAGCAGCUAAAGAAAGGCUACCGCCGAGCUUUCUCCGAAGAUGUCAUCGAUACCAUUGAUCUGAGCGUGGCACUCGGAAAGCCAGCAUCCUCCGGUUCGGGUAUUCCGAUUGGUGGCACGGUGGAUGACGAUGAAGAUGAGGACGAACGGAACGAUGCCACCUUCUCAAACUGCGAAUGUCCGAUGAUGUUCGCCCAACCUUCACCGGUUGAUCGUCAGGUUCGUCGUCCCUCCACAUUUGCCACACCGAUCGUCAACGGGAUGCAGACAUCAACUCCUGCCAACAGUACAAGCAAACUUCCUCUCUACGUCAGCUGCACGGAAAGCGACUAUUCCGUCAGCACGGCCAGCAGCAUAUCACCCCACAAGAAACAGAUACUCAGCUGUAGCGCAGCCAUGGCCGGCAGUUCGCGCCUCCUGGUCGGUAGUAAGUCGUCGUCGUCGUCUUCCUCGAAUUUCACCAUCCCAAAAAUCAACCUUACCAAUGUAUUCAACGUGUCACCUUUGGCCCGGGAGGAUUCCGGCUUCAUCAGCAGUUCCAGCCCGAUUCCCAUCAAUGGGAGUGUGUUCUAUUUUCCAAAUUCCAACCGAUUGAACGUACACAAAUCCAACUCUGCUCCGACAAGCCAACUGUCACCGGGAUCGUUAUCACCCAGAUUCCUUCGUCACGCCUGCAAGAACCAUCGCUCACGUCACCUAUCGGAACGGAGCUCCGUUUCGGAGCGCUCAUCCAUCGGUUCCGACGAGCAAUUCUCCGACGAAGAGUAUUCCUAUUUGAUGGAUUUAACCAGCAACUCCAGCAACGGCAGCAAUUUUCGUCUCAGCCCUAGCAAACUGCCCAGUACACCGUUGAAGGCCAGUAGCCUCGCUCAACGACCGUUCAGCAAACCUUUCAGCAAAAAUUUGUUCAAAUUUGGACGAUUACCGCUGCUGGGGUCCCUGGAGGAGUCGCUAUUGCAACGCAGAAUCGCCCCAAGGUUCCAGGUUGCUGAUUUCAAGGUGCUGCUUGGCGCCUCGGGGAGCUUCUGUCCAACGCAGCUAACCAUACCGGUAGCGUCGUAUUUUUACGAACUGCCAGGGCAGCACCUAACUACACCCUAUGUGUGUGAACUACGUCUUCCAAGGAAAGGUUAUUCCAUCCCACGGCAGGGAACGGUACAGGCCACGUUGCUCAACCCGCUCGGUACCGUGGUGCGCAUGUUUGUGGUGCCGUACGAUUUCCGCGAUAUGCCAGCCAUGUCCAUGACGUUCAUCCGGCAGCGAAUCCUAGCGGAUGACGACACCAGCAAGGGGGCGAUCGAGAACGUCGAACAGCUCAGCAAUGCCGAACAGAUGAAGCUGCUGCGGUAUGCGAUCCACUUGAGAUUCCAAACGUCCCGUUCCGGAAAGCUGACGCUGCACACCGACAUCCGGUGUCUGAUCUCCCGUCGCACCGACUGUGAUACGGCCGCGGCCUACACCAAGAACCUCAUGGAGUCACCGAGCGACUCACUCAAAGUGGUCACCAUCGUACCGGAGAAUCCCAAAUUCAGUCUACGGGUGGACAAACAGCAGUAGUCGAAAUCCAAUCGGAAUCGGAUCCGUUCCCGAUCCCCGGUGACGUGUGAUAGAUAUGGUUAGUAGAACCGACCGAUCCUCAUCCUCUCAUCCGCCUCUCGUCAGCCAGUAAGCCAUCGUCGCGUCCUCGUCGUCGUUGUUGAAUUCGGUCGUCGUCGUCAUCAGUACAGUAGGUACCACGCGAGAUAGUUCUAUUUUAAACCGUUUUUUUCCUCUUUCGUUGCGUCCGUGUUGCGUCUCCCGAGAUGUAUCUUUUUUAGAUUCUAACCGUUCUAACGUUCACGUAUCUUUUUUACAUUGGAAAUGAUCACGUUUUCAAAUUUUUAAUCUGUUCUCUCGAUGGCACAUUGUGGUUGCUGCGAGUUCGUUUUUAAACUUUCGGAGAGGGGCCUUCGUUGCUUGCAGGGAUGUAACAGAGCAACGAAGUACCCGCGCACGUCUAGAAAUUUAUAUUUUAUCGAGUCGAUCCAUAUUUUAGAAGUAACCAUUUGUUGUGAAUUCUGUUGUUGAUAAUAUAUAGAAAUUUGAAGUACACUACCUAUCACUUUCCUGGAGUUGAAACAUUACAAGGGGUGUCCGAUUUCACGACGCUUUUGUUCUUCUGAGUUGUAGUAGAUAGAGAUGACUAGUUAAGAGGAUGCUGUUUUGAAAUUUCGUUACAGAGCGUUGAUGGUCAAUCAUGUGAAAAUUUUUGAUUUACUUUACCUAAACUUGUAAUUAGAAGGCACAGAAUAUUGUUAAUUGACAAAUUGCGAGAUAAAUUUGUGAAAAAAAUGCGUUCUGGUGGGACUCGAACCCACGAGUCUGUUGGUUUUAACAGCGCUUUAACCUACUAGGCCACAAAUAAUGAUGGAUUCUACUUAACAGAAAGCCAAACCGACUCCGUUUUCACAAAUCCAUCUCUUUUUUGGCUUAGAUGCCAAUGUAUAACACCCUCGCGUUUGUGCCCACUAAUUACAAUUGUGAGCGAAUUGUUUCGGACACAACCCGCAAAUUCAGUAAAAGCUAGUAAAGGACAACAUGUGUCGCUGUCAGGGCCCUACAUUUUCAAUUUCAAUUGAAAUUUUCAGACGAAGUUUGUAAACAAUGUUUUCAAUCGUCAAUGGAAACAAGGCGCCGUCGUCGUCGCUCAGCCCGACUGUCAUCGUCACCGAUGAACCGACGGUGCUGCGUCGUCGCAGAUGCCACUUUGUUUCGCACUCACAAGCUCACGGACGCUCGUUCGACAUCGAAUGAAUUUCUCUGUUAUAACUCAAUUAAUGAGUGUAACAACCGGCAAAUCUGUGUAAUGGUUAUGUAUGCUAUGCAUAUUUUACUGAAAUAGUUUAUUACCCAUAAAAAUAUUUAGCAAACAUACAUUUUAGACAAUUUGAAAAUUUCAAUUGAAUCCCAGUCGGUGUGAAAAUGAGCCGCCACCCGUCGUUGCGUCGGAGAAAGUGACAAGAAGGGCGGAUGAAGCGAAGCUCAUGCAUGUUGUUUUGAAUGUUCCCGUCGUCGGCGUCCGUCCGAUGCUGAUGGGCGCUCGCUUUCAGCGUCAUGUUUUGGUUUCGACGAUGUAGGCCCCUGGUCGCUGUAUCCUAGCUUACGUCGCAUCGGUGCAUCUAGCCAGCGUAGGCAUAACAAUCUUUACUAGUGAUUAUUUUGGGGAUACGACUGAGGUUAUGUACUGUUACGGUUUGUCCUCGCAGUCUUAGGGGGAAUGGACAAAAAAAAACUAGUUUUUGAUUAUUCCCGACGUUUCGGUCCACUUGGGACCUUUUUCAAGGAUUCAAUCUUUAAGGUUUUCUAAACUUAAAAAGUCAUACGUUCGCCUUGGUUUAGUUUUAGUCCGAUCGAUUAUGGACCAUCGCAUCGUGAUGCGGAUAAACUGUUAUUUCUCCAGCAGUCUGGAAUUCGGGUUCUAUCUUCUCGAUCUUUACCAUACCUUUUCUGUUAUGGUGUAAAAUUGAGAAGAUAGAAUCGAAACGUCGGGAAUAAUCAAAUUAGCAAUAAAAAAGCAUCAUCAUCCAUGACUAACCAUCAUCGCUCUGUUUCGUCAUAAUCGGUUGUAUUGUAGAGUGAUGCGCUACCCAUGAUCGCAUAUCAGUCCCAUCUUUGCUGGGUUUCCUAUUCAUAUGGGACAAUUAUGCGAUCAUAGACAGUGCGAGUAAACAAUACUAUAAAAAACGAGCUCGAGCUUCGAUCUUACUUUAGAAUUAGAACUCAAACCGAACGAUAGGGUCAAAUUGGUUGCGCGCGUAUGCUGUGAUUUGCAAAGAUGGUCAGUUCCGGCGGCAGAAAGCGGAAGCUUGUUCGUAGGUUGCCAAAGAGAGCCGACCAUCUCUAAAUGAUACAAACAAAACAAAAAGCGAAAUGUGUAUAUUGUUAAUACUUCUUGUUUUAGUGGUACAUACAACAUAUUAUAAUUAUAGGUUUCGCGUUCAAAUUAAUCCGCCUAAAUUAAGGUCCAAACGAACUAACUGUAAGCUAAAUUCUGAAUUUAUUUACCGAUUGAAAUAACAAUACAUUUACAUGCCGUUCGAGACGGUAAUGCUGUGGUGAGGAUAUUUUUUGGUAUCAUUGUCGAAUUUUGUGGUACUCAUACAUCGUUCCGGAAUAUGACUUUUGUAGAUUGAACUUUUCAUGAACUUUACACUUCUAUAUUACCUAAUAUUUCAUUGCUCAUUGAAAUUUACACAAUUCGUUCAUAUGAACCAUUUGUCUUAUUCAUCAGUUGUCAGGAUUCUUCCUUUCAGAGAUUCUCCUGGGAUUUUUUCAGAGACUCCUAAUCUGGAUUCCUCCUGAGAUUUUCUAAGGUACUCGUUUUGAGUUUUUUUUAGGGAUUACUUUACGAAUCGUUGAGAAAUUGCGUCUUCAUGUAUUCCUAGCGGAACUCCUCCUUUCCACCCAGGCUAUAUUCAUUGAGUCCUCUAGGGAUUCUUUCAUUUUUCUUUCCAGGUUUCCUUAAGAGAAUUUUUUCAACGGUUUAAGGAUUUUCGCGGGAUUCCUUUCGGCAUUCUUCCAGAUGUUCCUCCCGAGAUUCAUUAAGGUACUCCUUCAGAGAUUUCUUAAUUUAUUCUUCCCGGAUUUCCUCUAGGGAUUCUGCAAGGAGUUUUUCAAGUUUUUUUUCAGAGAAUCUAUUCAGGAUUCUUUUAAUGAUUUCUCCAAGAGUUCUUUUGAGAUUCCUUUUGAUACUAAUUCUUUCAGGGAUUACAUAUCCCACGAGGGAAAUCAGCGAAAUUUGCCGAUCUUCAUGUGCUUUGAUUAAGCAACAGAUUCUUUAUUCAGGCUUAUUCUGCGCGGCGUGUGAGAUGAGACGAGUCAAAUGAGGUGACAAAAGUCGACUCGAUCCCAUUUGAUUUGCAUUAGUCGUCUCACAUCAAGUGAGAAAAAAAGGGACCGUCUCACAUCACACGCCGCGUAGAAUAAGCCUGAUUGUUGUAACCCUUCUUUUUGUAACGUAAAGUUCAUGCAAGUUCGAUAUAGUAUUUGUCAGACCCAAAGUACUUCGUUCAGAAUUUCGGAACGCUGUACGAGCAAACAGUCACUCCGUUCCGAUGAACAUGAGGAAACCCAUUAUGAACAUUAAGUGGCAUUCAGGCUAAAAAUGCUACUCUCCAAAGUUUGUAUAGAAAUGACAUUCAAUUAAACGCUUUCAGUGUAGUAGUGACAAUGCGAGAAACCACACUUCCCGGUGAAAACUAAUAUCAGAAUUUGAUGUAGCGAACCGAUAAUCUUCAAAGCAUUAUGAAUAGAUGUUUUUAACCAACACAGAGUAUAUUAGACAUAACAAAUUACAAAUACUACCAAAACCCUCAAGACCACACGAUCACUACUGGUGGGUUUGCCAUCCUACUAGCGUCAUAACCGAUUGAAGAGCAUACCACUUUCGAAAGCGUAACGUAAUAUUCGUAAAUUCUUUCAAUAAACAAUUCGUAGUAAAAUGUAGAAAGAGAUACACACUGCCAUAAGUAUGAAUUUAAUUUCCCACGCGUGACGUGCAAAUAGACAAACAUGGUGAUCGAUAGCCAAUUCGCCGGAGAAAUAUUUACCACGUUUUUGUUUGUUUUCUACCACUAAUAGAUAAAUCCAAAUGUGUAAUCCUUUAUCGUUGUUUUCCAUUCUUCUACUCAUCGGAGAGAAUCAAGCGAAUAAUCGGUACUGUAGAUAAAAAGAACGAUUAAAGUAGACAACUGGUUGCAAUGAACGCGUUUUCCCGUGUGCCAAUCUCUAGUAAAAUUUCAUCUCAAUUGUGUUCGGGUGCAACGGGAAAAUCUGCUUUGCAGAGUAGGAUUUUGCCUUUAUUUUCCAGACCAAUGACGCCCUUCUAGAAAAAGAACAAUCUCAUCGGAAAUAUCCACCCUAUCGACUAUAUGAAACACCCUAAAGUUGGCAGCACUGUGGAUGACACAGCCUGUGUACUGGCAACAGUGCUAAAUUCAAAAUCAAUGCCCAAAAUUCAGAUACAACUUCUCUGGCGGCUCCAUUUAUAUUACCAACCUCAAAAUCUCUUCUUGACUAAAACAAAUCCGAUUCACAGAGUCACAUCCACACACAUACCCUUAUGUGCAUACUAGUCAGCUAAGAAAAAAUAGCAAAGCAGCAGCAGCAGUAGUAACGUUCCGAAAUGAUCUGGCCAUUGUGCAAAACAAAAUGUGCCGCUUAUCGUCUUACUAACACAACUGUACAAUAGAAAACAGGAUUUCCCAGGAAACUAAAACAGAUGUAAAUAUAGAGAGCAAAAAGCAAAAGAUAAAUUACGAAAACAUAAAAUGCAAUACAACAGAAACUCCAAUUAUGAUUGUGUCACCAUUACGGAAAUAUGUUACAGUACAGUGUAGCGAUGACGUGAAAACAAUUUAAAAAAUCUCUGGAGUAUAGGUACCGACCGAGAACUAACAAACAACAAGUUUUAGCAAUCAUUUUUUAAGAAAGUCACGUAAAACACAAGCAUUAUAAUACCGAUACCCACACUAAAACACAGACUCACGCAGUCAUACACACGAAAAUGGUAAAUUUAGGAAUACGAGUGUUGGGGAAAAAUAACAAUUACAUCCACACUAAACCUGUGUGAGGAACAAAGAAACAUCUGCAUCACAGGUAAUGGAAAUCAUUGAAAGUUUUACUUUCUUUUAUUUUUUGUGGAUCAUUCAGAAUAACAACCGCGGAAAGCAUAACCGAAGAUGAGAUGAUAAAAAUAUGGAGAAAGAAACCAACAUUUCUUGUAGUAGUAAAGUAGUGAUUAGUAGCUCAGUAGUAGAACAAGCAACAAUGGACGUUUAAUUACAUGAUGAAAAAAAAAAGAAAUGAAAAAUACUAAAAAACAUAUACACAUGCUAUAUAUUUAUACAAACUUUUUUUUCAGCAUAAUGAAAAAUAUUUAACGAAUAAAAUACAUCGGGGAACCGAUCGUGUUCCCCUUAGAUGUUCAGUUAAUGAUGAAAAAUAAUUAAAA